AUGUUCACAGAGUGCUUGAGCAAAGAAUGGCUCUCAUCUAUCUAUGCAUUCUUUGAGCCAUUCCCUACCAUCGGACAUGAGAACAAACACCGUUACCACGAGUUUAAAUGUCUUGCGAAAGGAUGUGGCAAACGAAUACGGCGCUACCUAGACAAAAAGGACGCCAAGUCAACCAGCAAUAUGUGCAAACACGCAUGUACCUGCUGGGGAGAUGAGACGGUCAAGGCUGCAGAUGAUGCCAAGAGUUCUGAUAUUGCUCGCGAGGCAAUUGUCAACAGAAUCCUAAAAAAUGGGUCGAUAACAGCUUCAUUCAAGCGCAAAGGAAAAGGCAAAAUUACAUACUCCCACCGGCAGCAUACAAAGACUGAAACAAAGGCAGAGAUAGUUCGGUGGGUGUGCGAGAGCGCACGUCCAUUUGAUAUUGUUAAGGAUCGGGGCUUCCAAUCCUUGAUGAAGACUGGCCGCCCUGAGUACUAUUUACCUUCCCAUCAACCAUUUCACAGGAUGUCAAGCUAG